AUGGACAGCGACACCAACAUGGUUGAGGUGCCAGCCUCCCGCCUGCUCGACCCCCAGAUCUUUGAGCACCUCAAGAACAAGAUCGAAGAAGACCAGGAAGUUCGGGACCAAAUGAGUCAGACAGUCCAGAAGCUCGACAGGGCCAUCUCCUACGUCCAGGGCCUGCUCUCGCGCAUCCACGCCACCCCGCGUCAACAGUACGGUCCUUUCUUGGCUGACGUCCAGGCGGGCAUCCAGAAGGAGAUUGAGGUCAUUGGAGAACUGCAAGAAAUCGCCUCCAAGCACCCAUACUACAAAUACAACCAGAAGUGGAACCGCCAAGUGCAGAACGCCAUUUUCACCGUCCUUCUUGCUGGAUGGCUGGGUGGCCUCACAUCAGAUGGCAAGCCUGGCCCCAUCGCUCGUCUCCUGACCCUCGAGGAAGUCGGCGAAAUCUUCAAAGUCCCUGUUAACCUCAAGGACCGCGAUGCAUUCCACCUCACCAUCGAGGAGUACCUCCUCGCCCUCACCGACCUGACCUCAGAGCUCUCCCGUCUCGCCACCAACGCCGUCACCCUCGCCGACUUUUCCAUGCCCGUCGAGAUCAGCAGUUUCGUCAAGGAUCUCUUUGCCGGGUUCCAGCUGCUCAACCUCAAGAACGACAUUCUCCGCAAGCGUGUCGACGCGGUCAAGUAUGAUGUCAAGCGUGUCGAGGAUGUCGUGUAUGACCUUUCGCUCCGCAACCUGAUUCCGCAAAAGAAGGAGACUGCCGCUGUCGAGCCGAAGGCAUAG